UGUCGACGAUUUGUACGAUUCGGACGAUUUGGAGGAUGGCCCCAGAGCCAAGUUCGAUCCUGAUCAAGUCCACAUACGUAACUUUUCGAGAGUAAAAAGUCAGCGCGGUCCUGAUCCCUACACAACCAAACUGACGCGGUUCCGUCUGAUCAACGAGGAUGAUCUGAAGCCAACACAUAGUUCUGGCAAGAGUAUCGAGCAGCCCAUGCCGCAAAUUAUCGUCAAGCGGGAGAAGUCGCCCAGCAUGCCAUUGCCUCGGACACCAUUGCCAGUGGAUUUCCGGGAAGCCAGCAUCAUCUGCUUGAGUAGCCCACCGAGACGGCCUGAUGAACUUCCGUUCAAACUAAUAUCUCGUUCUACAGCCCUGAUCACCGAUGCUGACCUGGGGCUGGCACAAAGCGAGCAAUUCGAUUCCCUUAUCGACAUGGGAACAGUGCGUGCAGCACUGUUGUCGACUCAGUCCCCAGGUCACCUAACCGGUUCAGAGCCUGCUCCUACUCACCUACCUUUGAAGAGGCCACUGGAGUCACCAACUUCCCCGGUCAUCAAGCGGAGCCGAACUCUGCCGCCGCACGCGGUCCGCACCAAGAGCGGUUACCUGCGUGGUCCGGUGGAAAGUCGGAACCUAGCAGGAUCGUCCCGCUCGUCCGGCUAGCAGUAACGCCUUUGUUCACAGUCGACUGCACUGAACUGUGUAACACGCUGUGUUGUGAACAAGUGUAUGUUGAUUAAAGCCACAACUGGUGGAAGAGACAGCGUCUACUUCUUCUUGCACAUAUGACGGAUUUCCAGCUCGAGUUCAUUCAAGAAACGACGUUCAC